AUGAUGCGUUCCUCUUUACAACAAUCUGUUCAAAAGAUUUCAUCCUUUUCCAAACUCAUGGGAAGAAACAAUAUUUCUGCCUGUUCGUAUGGUAUUAACAAUAUUCCAUUCGAAAAGAAGGUUAUGGAUGCCAAGACUGCUCUCACUUCGUUCAUCAAGGGAGGAAACAGAGUUUUCGUUCAAACUGGUUGCAACGUUCCAAAGCACCUUAUCAAGAGUUUGGAUACACUCAUCGAUGAAAAGGAAAAGACCUUUGCCGAUAAUAAGAAGAGAAUUGAAUUCGUAGGUCUCCAUAUUAACUAUUAUCCAGGAGAACAACCACCACACAUGAGUGGUAAAAAUAGAGAAUACUUCCACACAAAUGCCAUCUUUAACGGUGCUUCGGAAAGAGCUGGUAUGAAAGAUAGAAGUGGUGAAGAAUUACCACUUGUCGAUUACUUGCCAAUCUUUUUGAGUGAAGCUCCAAUUUUGUUCAAGAGUGGUAAAUUCCCACUUGAUGUUGCUUUGAUUCAAGUUUCCCCACCAGAUAGCCACGGUUAUUGUUCACUUGGUGUCUCUGUCGAUAUUUCCUUGUCUGGUGUUCAAUCUGCUAAAUAUGUCAUUGCUCAAAUUAACAAGAAUGUCCCAAGAACUCACGGUGAUGGUUUCAUUCACAUUUCUCAAAUUGAUGCUUUCGUUAAGCAUGACGAACCACUUUCUGAAAUUCCAUGUAAUAUUCAUGAACUUGAUGAAGUUGACAGAAAGAUUGGUGAAAAUGUUGCUCAAUUGAUUCCAGAUAGAGCUUGUUUGCAAUUGGGUGUCGGAAGUUUGCCAAAUGCUGUUUGUGCUGCAUUGACAAAUCACAAGGAUAUUGGUAUCCACACUGAAUUGAUGUCUGAUGGUGUUUUGGAAUUAUUCAAGAAGGGAGUUGUCACUAACAAGUAUAAGGGAGUUCACCCUAAUGAAAUUUUGUGUACUUUCGUCAUGGGUUCAAGAAACAUUUACGAUUUCGUUGAUGACAAUCCACAAGUCAUUUUCAGAGGAGCUGACUUUGUCAAUGAUAUUAACAAUAUUAAGCAAAAUAAGAAUAUGAUUGCUGUCAACAGUGCUAUUGAAAUUGAUUUUACUGGUCAAGUUUGUGCUGACUCUAUUGGUACCAGAAUGUACUCUGGUGUUGGUGGUCAAAUGGACUUUAUGGUAGGUUCAGCAAAGAGUGAAGGUGGUAAGCCAAUUAUGGCCAUUCCAUCCCUUACAUCAAAUGGUGAAUCAAAGAUUGUCAAUACUCUCAAGGAAGGUGCUGGUGUCGUUACUACAAGAGCUCACGUUCACUAUGUCUGUACUGAAUAUGGUAUUGCUGAAUUGUAUGGUAAGAACGUUGUUCAAAGAGCUAAGGCCUUGAUCAGUAUUGCUCACCCAAUGCAUCGUGAAAGAUUGACUUUUGAAGCUAAGAAACGUUUCGAAAUACAACAAAUAUCAUCAUCGGAGGAAAAUAUUACAACAGAUGAAGAAGAAAAAUCCUUGGAAGAAUUAGAACAACAACUUGCUCAAUUUAAUGAACAAUUACAACAAUGUAUUUUACUUUCCGAACAAGAACCAGAAUCAACUGAAUAUUCAUCACUGAUUGAAGAUUUACAAAAUGCCAUCAAUUUGACAACGGAAUUAAUUAAUAUUAAAUUAUCGGAACAACAACAGACUCAUAGUAAUACAAUUGUGGAAUCUGCAGUACCAUUAUAUCAAGAGGGAGAUUAUUGUUAUGGUCUUUAUGAAGGUUUAUGGUAUGUGGCUGUUGUUACUAAAAUCAUAGAUAACACCAAAAAGCUUGCCGAGUCAAGCAUCAAGAAACCUUCUUUUGAAUAUUUAGUUAGAUAUGUUGGAUAUGGAAAUUCUGAAUUUAUUUCAAAAGAAAGAUAUACCAUUAAGGAUUAUUCACACCCUCCAACUGAAUAUUUACAAUCAGGAUCUAAAUGUCUUGCUGUCAAUGCCAAUGAUCCUGAUGGACUCUAUGAAGAUGCCGUUGUUGAUAAAUUGACAGAAAAAGAAACGGUUUGGGUCACAUUUAAGGAGAGAGGAAUCAUGCAAGAAGUUCCAUUAAGACUGAUAAGACUUGCCUCUGAUCAUUUCUAUGAUCCAAAAUUCAAACCAAAGAAAUUCAAAAAACCAGAAACCACAAGCAAUACUACCACUGUUGCUUCUACUGCUGCUGCAACAGCCAUCACCCAAGAAAAGAAGGAGCAAGCUGAAAUUAUUGCCAAAAAGAAAAAGAAGCAAGAAAAGAGACAAGCCAAACAAAAGGAAGAGGAAAAAAACAUUAAUGAAAGAAAACAAAGUUGGCAAUCCUUCAAGAAUAAGAACUCUGGUAAUUACAAGAAUACUGGAAAGACAUUACAAUCCUCAGAAAAGACCUUCACUCCCGCCCAAAAGAAAACCAAACAUUCACACCCAACUAGUUCUCAACAAUAA